AUGUCUAAUCUAAUAACAAAUAGUAAUGAAAGCGAAGAACAUAAAUUUUCUUCUUUAUUCUUGAAUGAAUCAACGAUGAAAAUUCCUGAACAUUGUCGUCCUAAUAUGAAUAAUACACUACAACAACAAGUUGAAAAUCUAUUACCUUUUUAUACAUUCAAUGAAUUAGCUGAGCAUAAUGAUUCAACUGAUGCAUGGAUUUGCAUAUUUAGUUAUAUCUAUGAUAUAACAUCACUUAUAAAAAAAACUAAAGGCACUAGAGUACAUCAACUAUUGAUUGAUUAUGCUGGCCAAGAUAUAAGUUCAUGGUUCGAUGAACAAUUACAUGAACCACGUAAACGAAUCGAUCCUCAUACACAUGAAUCGGUUUUAUUAAUUAAAGAUUUGUCAAUAAUCGAAACAUUUGGUACACCUUUUUGGCAAACAAAAGAUUUAUUAAUCGGUCGACUUAUUGAACAUUCUCGAUAUAUUCGUCUUAUACAUAAUUUUUUUCCUAAACAUUCAUAUCUAUUAGAAAUAGCUGAAGAAGAAACUAUUGGACAAAUUGCAAAAAAAUUUUUAAAAUAUAAUUCACAUAUAUUUUCCUAUAUAUGGCUAUACAAUGGUAAAAAACUUGAUUUUAAUAAAACUCUUACAGAAAAUGGUAUACCAAAUGAAGAAUUCUUUCAUGAUACAUAUGGAUGGCGAUCUGAUAAUGAAAAUUGUCCAACAAUUUUACUCCUUUAUUCUGAUGAUCUAACAAUUGCUUAA